GCAGUUUAGCAACAGAAAGCAAUGGCAGCACAAUUUUUAAACGUAUUUUUGAUACCAUCUAUGUUGAUAUAUCUAUGCACACUUUCGAGUGCACAGACAUGUACAGAGUUUGUUGAAUCAACAACAUGCGGAGGAAAUAUAGUCGCAGAUUCUGGUAUAAUUCGAUACAAUCAUUCUGACUACGGUGUGAAUUCAGGCUGUUUUUGGCUGGUCCGCAGCAAUAUUAAUUCAAGAGUUGAAGUUCGUCUCUUGCACGACACUUUUACGUCUAACGAAGCUAUAGAAAUUCAUACUUUAAAUUUCAAUGGGGAUAUUGGGGGAAGUGGUUCAAUCAGCGAUACUUAUUUCCAUCAUGGAGACUAUGUUUCAAAACACUUCAAUGGUCCCAUAAUUUUAAUUAAAUUUUCAACAAUUAACAGAUUCAAUGAUUUUGCUUCUUCAGUGCCCAGUUUUGUCAUCAUUUUCAGAGGUUGUGGUCCAGAAAUCCCAAAUCCUCCAAACUUCAGGCAUUUUUAUAGAGAGAAAAUUCCCGGAGAAAGAGAAAAUAUUACAUAUUCAAAUGAUAGUGUAGUUUAUCCAAAUAAUCAACUGAUCACUUACCUCGGCCUCAGGCAGGAUAGAGCUAUAGUUAACAACGAUGAAGGCGAUUGGAAGAUCAAGAUAAUGUUCCAAGACAUGCAACCGUCCUCUAACUGCCUAUUCGGGGACUCAUUAAAAUUUAACAAUUGUGGAUUCCUUCCGCUCUGUGCAUUCGAUGAACAUGAUAAUUCUAUUUGGAGAUUUUGCCAACGAAACAGCAACGAAACACACAUUCUUCCGAAAACAUCAUUGAAAUACAACAGCAUAUUUCCGGAUGAAAUUGGUAUUCUUGCAGUUUUCUCGUCGAACGGAAGUCAAGGCAGAAAAGGAUUUAUUUUUGAAUGGUAAAACUAUUCAAAUUGUCUGAAACGUUAUGCUUCCAGCUUCCAGCAAAAUUGGACUUCAAAUACAUUUUAUUGCAUCAA